UGGACGCCGCCUCCCGUCCGGCGCCGCCGCACCCCACUUCCGGCGCUUGAUCCCACGCCCGCUGCCGCCCCCACUCCUCCAGCGCCGUCUCCCUCCCCGCCGUCGUCCAGCCACUCGAGUGCGCCGCCAACAUCCCCAAUCGACCAGCGCCUCCCGUCAAACGCUGCCCGGUCGCCGUCCAGCCACUUCAGCGCCGCUUCCUUCCCCAUCGACCGUCACCUCCUCGUCGUUCCAGGGCUAACCCUUCGACGUCCAGCAGCCCCCCUCACCGUCGAGCACUCCAGCGCCGUCUCGCUCCCCGUCGACCGGCGCAGGGCCUCCCUCGUCUGCCGGAUCUGCCUCACGGCCUCGUCCUCCUGUUUCCUCCCAGUCCAGCGCCUCCAAACAACACAGAAAAGGUAGCAGCUUCCACACUUCUUCAGCGCGCACGAUUAACCCGGGGAUCGACUCGGGUUCUUGGUACCUCAGAUCGAGACCUAAUUAACCUCGGGUUGCCCACAAUCGCAGGUCGCAAGUACCGCGCGCCGGCCCCCAAGGAAGAUCGAUGGAGACGCUGCCGGACGACGUUGUCGUGGAGAUCCUGGUCCGCGUGACGGAGGUGGCAGCCCUAUUCCGCUGCACCGCAACGUGCAGACGAUGGCGCCUCCUCAUAGCUGACCCGUCUUUCCUCCGCCGCCGCUGGCCGGAGGGCGUGAGCCUCCAGUCCUCCCUGCUCGGCUUCUUCGCCUUGCAACAGCCCCGUCAAGAACCAACAGAAGGGAGCUCUACAAUGCCGCUCUUCACCCCGGUGCCAUGCUCCCCCCACCGCUUCAUCGCCAUCCCUGAUCAGCCUCGAAGCGGCCAGGCAGUGGUGCUCGCCUCGCACCGUGGCCUUCUUGUUGUGCGCUUCGUCCCACUCGACGCCAUCAGCAUGUUCGAGAAAAUCAUGAUCCUGGCUGUGUGUGAUCCAAUCGCCGGCACAAGCCGCCCGCUGCCUCCGUUGAAGUGCAGUAGGUCUUUCCGAAUAGAAGGAUGCGCCCUUCUAACUGGUGCGGAUUGUCGCGUGACCAAACGGCGAGGGGCGUCGCCGUCAGUCUACUCGUCCUUCAAAGUGCUAAUCAUCAGUUACGACGGACGGUACAAUCUCCAUGUGCUCGCGUCCAAUGAGUUGAGCUGGAGGACGUCUAGAAACUGGUUUGAACCUGUUGAGUAUGCCGGACGUGUGGUGCCCCAGCAGAUCAACAUCGUCGUGUGCCGAGGCAUGGCACACUGGCUCUUCAAGUACUCGUCAGACUUCUACACACUCAACGUGUGCGCUAAGACCAUGCAGAUGUCUAUAACAAAGCUCCCUCUCACAAGGAACCCCCUCGGCUUCAAGUUUUCAAGUGCACUGCUUAAUGUCACCAACGAUGGAAGUCUAUCGCUGCUUGGUUUAUACAGGGACUGCAGCUGGCUGGAGAUGUGGACACAUGAAGGUGACAACAAGAGUGUAGAUGGCAUGGCAGACUGCUGGCACCAAACCAAGAUGAUUGAGCUGAUACAACCCAAGGAGAGUACGGUUGGCCUGGUGCAAUGCGUGUGCGUGAGCGAGAUGAGCGGUAAACUGCUCGUAAAGGACAAUCAAGAUUGCGCGUACAUUGUAGAUCUCCAAACUGGGGCGAUGGAGACUGUCACCGACUGGUUUUGCGGCAUUGUCACGAUGGCUGUCCCAUUUGAGAAGGAUUGGCCGACCUUCUUCAUGUCUCGCUUGGCGGGUGGUAGGAUCAAGCGGAAUAAACUGAGAGGAGCUAUAUCGAAAAUUGCUUCCACUUUUUGCAAACCAAUAGUUGUGGCAAUUAUCUUUGGGUUAAUUGUUAUGAGUCUGGAUCAUGAAGAGCUACAGGAAUCUUAAGAUCUGUGUGUGGCAGACUUAAUGAAGAUGCAAGUUAAUUUAUCACGUGUACCUGCGCAUAUUUGGGUUAAUUAUCUUUGGGUUAGUUGUUAUGAGUCUGGAUCAUGAAGAGCUACGAGAUUGAUCAUAGUGCAACGUCCAGGCAAGGAACAGAUGUUGCAAGAGUUGCCCUGCUAAAUCAGAUCAAUAGGAUAGAACUGCCUUGUGCAGAAUAAUUUGGUCUAGUGGUGUAGAAUAUGGCCUCUGUAUUUUAUUUUCAGUUUUAACAUGUGCCUGUUUAGACUUGGUGUGCUACUGCUAGCUGAACCUUUGAUGUUCUGUUGAACAAAUACUACCUCCGUAAACUAAUAUAAGAGCGUUUAGAAUACUAAAGUAGUAAUCUAAACACUCUUAUAUUAGUUUACAGAGGGAGUAGUAAUGAGGUGCUGAGUAGUCGUUUGUAUUAUUAUGAGAAUCCCCAUUAUCAAAGAAGAAAACAUCACAGCUAAUUAUGAUCGUAAUUGACAUUUCAUUUGCACAUGUAGCAUUAUCUCCUGGAUUGCUGCUUAAUUUGCUUUUUACGUUCUUUGCUAUAAGUAGAGAUUAAGGUAAAACUUGUGGCAGAUGACCAGGACGCAUGUAUGCAUUGAGCAAGCAUUUUUAAAAACCUAAAAUCAGAUAUUUUUGUAUGCAAUUAUAUAUUGGAUACCUGAAUUAUGGCCUUAUGGGUCUGAUUGUGUUGG